CUGGUCAAGGUUCACACACACCCUUCUAAAAUCUCUGCACCUUCCUCCUUAUGGUUGUUUACUUUUCCUUGCAGCAAAACACCUUCUCUUCCUUCUUCUCUUCAACUUUAACACAAACUCUUCAUAUGCGUCUUUGACUGCAACUGCUUCAACUUCCAAAUUUUUUGGAGACCCUUUAUAAUUCCCUUGGGUGGUGUUUGUUUUGGUGGGUAUAAUAUUUAUUAAUUUACUGUGUUUCAGUGCCUCUUUGAGACAAUUUCCCAUCUUGGUUUUGGUUUAGAGUAGUUGUUGUUGUUGAGGUUGGAUUUGUGAUUGAGAAUGGUGGGUGCUUUAUCUGUUGUGGGUUCAUCAGUGAUGGACUCUCACACUGGACCAUGUUUGUGUGUGGAUGCACUUCCCACGACUAAUGUGAAUCUCAAGAGUGGUGGGGAUGUUGCUCUGUGCAAGAGUUUGAUGGGGAAGAAGCAUUUUUUGAGGAGUGGUGGAAAUGGGAAAACUAUGGAGUUGAGCAGUUCCUUCACUGGUCCUGGAUGGGAGUGGAGGCUAAGUGUUAGCAGAAAUUGCAAGAAGCAGCGCAGGGACAGGAAGAUGGGGAUUGUCAACGAGCUCGGUGGCCAGUAUGAGGAAGGUUUUGACGAUGUUAAAACGCAAAUGCUCAACUACUUCACCGUUAAAGCUGUGAGGACUGUUCUUCAGCAGCUGUAUGAGAUGAACCCACCUAAAUAUACAUGGUUCUACAAUUUUGUUGUAUCAAACAAACCAACAGAUGGGAAACGUUUUCUCCGAUCCCUCGGGAAGGAGCAACGAGAGCUUGCUGAAAGAGUAAUGGUAACCCGACUUCACCUUUACAGUAAAUGGGUCAAGAAAUGUGAUCAUGCUCAGAUAUAUAAAGAAAUCUCAGAUGAAAACUUGGAGUUAAUGAGGGAAAGGCUAAUGGAGACAGUAAUAUGGCCCUCAGAUGACUCCAACACAGAGAGGAUUGGCUGAUUGUUGAAGACCUUUCAUCUUCCAUGUUUUCCCUUUGUCUAAAACCUCUUUCUAGUCUUAGAUAUAAUUCUAUUUCGAUAACAGUCUUCUUUAUUGCCAAAUGUGUCAUUUGUGCCAUUUUCCCAUUAAUAGGAUUCUCAGUUUUACAUUAGGUAAAUUGUGUAUAUGACAGUAUAUAUCAAUAUCAGUACCUUCGAAAA